AUGGCUAUCUUACAACCACCUGCCGGCCGCAAAGACUUCCGUAUUGCUAUAGUAUGUGCUCUGCCCCUCGAGGCUGACGCUAUCACCCUACUAUUUGAUCACUUCUGGGAUGAGCAGCACGAUCCCUAUGGCCGAGCCGAUGGAGAUGCGAAUACCUACAUAACGGGCCGCAUUGGAGAACAUAACGUUGUUCUAGCUAUACUUCCCAAUAUAGGAAACAUCAACGCAGCGAUUGCGACCACCAGCUUGCGGUGGAGCUACACAGGUUUAAAGCUCGCCAUCCUCGUUGGUAUCUGUGGUGGUGUUCCCCGUAUCGCUGAUUUCGAUAUGCUCCUUGGUGAUGUAGUAGUCAGCAAGACAAUCAUCCAAUACGACUAUGGCAGACAAUAUCCUGGUCAUUUCGCUGUAAAGAACACAGUCGAAGAUAGCCUUGGAAGACCCAAUAAUGACGUCCGAAGUCUACUCGCAGUUUUUGAGACAGAGCUCAUGAGGGAACGCCUGCAGGCGGAAGCUUCCAAACAUUUGGAAAGUUUACAGAAAGCAGCCAAGAAAAAGCGACGUCGAGCCAAUUACCAAUAUCCUGGAGCAAAGGAAGAUAAAUUGUUUUCUCCGACAUAUACUCACAGGCAUCAGGAGUGGUGCAGUGUCUGUGCAGAUGACCCUGACAUCUUCUGCGAGGCAUCUUCUAAAGUUACAUGUGCUGAGGCUAAAUGUGAUGUCAAUAAUCUGAUUCUGAGAGAACGUUCUGCCGACCUCGUCCAGGGUAGUGGUGAAGCUUUCAGCCCUGAGAUCUUCAUCGGUCGUAUCGGGUCGGGCAACCUUAUCAUGAAGAGCGGAGAAGAUCGUGAUCGUAUCGCUGUUGCGAACAACCUUAUCGCGUUCGAGAUGGAAGGCGCAGGCACAUGGGAUGAAGGCCGGUGCAUUGUUGUCAAGGGCAUCAGUGACUAUGCCGACAGCCACAAGAACGAAGCCUGGCAAGACUUUGCUGCAGCUACUGCAGCAUCUGUGACGAAGGCCAUUCUGGGACGAUAUGUGUCCCAUGAUGGAGACCGCAGUCUGACGAAAAACGAUCAAAGACAAUCGAAUGGACGCAUCGUUACGGGUAAUUCAUUUGGAAAUGGAGCUUGGAUCAAUCAGGGUGAUGUGAGAGGAAACAUUUCAUUCAGGCCUGUGUAA